AUGCUCAAAUCUGAGCAACUAAAAAUGAACUGUUUGAGAUCAACACACCUGCUUUAUGUGGUCAUGUUUCUCACUGUGCUGACGGCUGGAAUUGUACAGGUCAAGGCUCGUCCACCUCAGGGUGAAGCGUCCCUAAAUGAACAUGAUCGUGAAUUGUAUGACGACGAUGUGGAGGACUAUGUUCCAGCGUUUCGUCGUUUCAUGCGGCUAUACAAACGCGGCUACUUUGCGACCCAGCGACUGGGCAGAUAAGUGUUUAAUGGUGGCUCGCUGGGACCUUGCAGCUCUAUCAUGAUCAUAACAAAAACUUAUGAUCUCCAUAUUAAAUUCCUAUGUACACCGCUUCGUUUUGAAAGCGUUUCCUUGUGCAUGAUAAAGUGUUUGAAUAAGCAAAUCUAACUGUCAAAAUU